GUUCUGUUUCCGUGCUCCUCUUGAGAGUUGUUCCGUUCAUAAGUCCGGUGCAGUUGGUUCUGUUGGUCCGUAUCAUGAGGAGACUUGUUGGGCCACAGUUCACCAUGAAGCUCUGCGUGAGUCUGGUUGUUUUGGGAAUGUUCCUACACGGCGUCUCUUCAAUGACACACUCCCUGAAGUAUUUCUACACGGCAUCGUCUGAAGUCCCAAACUUCCCAGAGUUUGUUGUUGUGGCUUUGGUUGACGAUGUUCAGAUGGUUUAUUAUGACAGUAACACAAAGAGAGCAGUGCCCAAACAGGACUGGAUGGACAAAGUGUCAGAAGGAGACCCUCAGUACUGGGAGGGAGAGACUCAGGGGUUAUUGGGUUCCCAGCAGACCUACAAAGGCAACAUUGAAAUCGCAAAGCAGCGCAUGAACCAAACUGGAGGGGCACACAUUUUCCAGAACAUGUACGGCUGUGAAUGGAACAGUGAGACCGACAGAGUGACUGGAUACAGACAGUAUGGUUAUGAUGGAGAAGAUUUCAUUGUGUUUGACCUGAAGACAGAGACAUGGAUCGCACCAAGACAAGAGGCCUUCAUCACCAAACUCAAGUGGGACAGUGAUGAAGCCAAUAUUGCCAUUAAGAAAAACUACUACACCCAGGAGUGUCCUGAGUGGCUGAAGAAGUACGUCAGUUAUGGGAAGGACACUCUGAUGAGAACAGUCCUCCCCUCUAUCUCCCUCCUGCAGAAGUCUUCCUCGUCCCCGGUCACCUGCCACGCCACAGGUUUCUACCCCGACGGAGCCAUGCUGUUCUGGACUAAAGAUGGAGUCGAGCUUCAUGACGGCGUGGACCCCGGGGAGAUCCUGCCCAACCACGACGGAACCUUCCAGAUGAGUGUGGAGCUGGACGUGUCUUCUAUCCCAGCUGGAGAAUGGCACAAGUACAACUGUGUGUUUCAGCUCUCUGGAGUCAAAGAGGACAUCAUCACCCAACUGGACAAAGCUGUGAUCCUGACCAAUGAGAAGUCCGACACUUCUCUGAUCAUCACUGUUGUUGCGGUCAUUGUCUGUGUUGUUGUGGUGGCUGCUCUUGGGUUCCUCUUGUACAAGAAGAGGAUGAACGCCAAGCGCCCUCCAUCUCCUGCGAAUGACCCAGACGUACAGGAGGAGCUUAAUCCAAAAUCGUAAAUCUCGUGCAGGAGGAGCGGGCUAUUCCAGUUGGACGCACUUGUUAUUCUUAGCUGUCAUAAACUUUUACAAAUUCGAUUGAUGCUUUAGGCUCUUUAAAUGAUGACUUAUUUUCACUAUGCAAUUCACAAAUGCAGAAUCAGCUUUCAAAUCAGGCUCAGUUACUCAAAACAUAAUUACAAAUGUAUGUUGAACUUGUUUUUGCUCAUAGCAUCAAUCUAUUUUCCAGUUGCUCUUAAUUCAUUUGUCUGUCAUUACUAACCGCAUACACAAUAGUACAAUAGUGUUUUUUGGUGAAGGGGAGUCUUAUAAAUGUUCAUUAUCUACAGUUUUAUUGCGUAUCUAAUAACUUGUAAAUGAUAUCCUAAAAUACAAAUACACCAUACAUUCAGAUUUGAAAGGUAGAAUAAAGUAGAAUAAAAACAGAAUUAACAAAGCACUAAAACUACCUUUUCAGAUAUGUGUCCUCAUCAUAAUUAAGUCUCAUUAGAGCUCUAAACAAAAAUACAAUAUAAAUACAUACAAAUAAUAUGUACAAAACUGAUUGGAUCACAUAUACUCAUAUAAAUGGUAUCAAUUGCAGUAUUUUUGGAAGUAAGAAGCAAUAUUCUACAGACAUAUUUGGACUUUUUAUAUGCAGAUUGCACCGUAACAUAAUUAGAUCUGGAAUUUCUACAGUAAAAUAGUCCCUUGAAAACAGUUUGAUCAUGAAGAAGAGAAUUCUAAAGCUGUUAUGAUUAUUUAUUAAGAUGUAAAUAUGAUUUUUUAAGUAGAUUUUUAGAAGAUUUGAUUUUUGAAGUGUGAAGUAGCAGUAGUAAUUAUAUCAAUAUAUGAUUUGUGAUUUUUUUGGGGUGUUUCUGGAUUUAAAAUAUACUGUAGUGUCAAAGUUGGGAUAGAAUAUUUUUGUGUUGAUGUUUGUGAAAGUGAAAUUGCACUGCAUUCCAUCUUUUGCUUUUGUUCUGCUGUUUGGUUUUAAAUAAAAAUUCCCAACUUUA